UAUUAGGCACAGUCUUUAUGUUUCCGGUAUCCGAUCGGACCUCGAUUGAGUUGCCUCUGUAUUUUGAAAGAAUUUAGAAUAUCAAAUUCAUGAUCAGCAGAAAGGUUCGGCCAUAUCUAGUCUACCAGUGAUUAAUAAUCAGAGGGACUUGAUGCCAGAAACACUUUGUAUUUGUAUAAGCAGUUUUUAUGACUUACGUACAUUGUUCAUAUUGAUAACAAGUUAUCCGAAGUUUCCUCUGGCCCCGACACCAUGUCCAGACUAUUGAUAAUAAUCGGAGGCCUUGCAAUUGGCUAGUGAAGAUGUUGGUGUAUGAUCCAGUACUGCUUACAGGUGCAAAUUGUUUCUAUUGGAUAUAGGACUCCCUAUAUUGGGUAGAAAGCAUCAAUUGGAAUAACGGUGGGAUAUAGUAAAGGUAACAAAACGAAAACUUAUGGUGAGUGAUGACAACUCUACUGAAGAGACCCAGCUACAUAUACAACUUACAAGUCAGGAAGAUGAGAACACUCCAGACAUCUGUUAGACUACACAACAGAAGAGGACUAAAGUUUCCAAACCCAGCUGUGAGGUUUAGCACAAAAGCUGAAAAAUUUCUCAUCAUCUCUGAUCAGCAUUUGGUAAUGGAACAUUUUCACAAACAGUACUCCAGUUCAAUAACGACGAAGAUGAUUUGAUGUGAAAAAUUUGUGCGGAAAAGUUUAGACUUGAAAUUAUGGAAUUAAAUUCACACAUGAAAACCAUGCAUAGCCAUAGCAUUACACACAUAAAUGAAUGUGAUGUGUGUAAAAAAACUUUUAAACUUGCAUCAACUCUACGGCAUCAUAAACGACUACACACAGGUAAAAAUGUUAUCAAGUGCAAUCAUUGUGAACGUGUGUUUGUUCAUUCUGGUCAUUUUAAAAAUCAUCGUCACCAACAUGCAGGUGAAAAAUUAUUUAAAUGUGAACUUUGCUCAAAAAUGUACAUGCAUAAGCACACCCUGAGACAACAUCAAGCGAUAAUCCAUGGCUCUAGACUAGAGUGUGAAUUUUGUGGGCUUAAAUUCAUUGAGAUGAGGACCCUGGUCAGUCAUCACAAAACUCAUGCAGACAAAUCAUGUUAUACAUGUGUUAUUUGCAAGAAAACAUUUAAGAGAAUUGAAUUGUUGAUCAGUCAUUGUGAGUCUGAACAUAAGGACAAUUCGGACAUUUUACCAGCAUUGGAUGUGGUGUUGGGAGUACAAAGUGUAGAUGUUUCCGAGUCCAACAAUUCUCUCAAGUGUGACCACUGUGGUAAAGUCUUCAAGCAAGCAUCAAAUCUAAAGCAACAUUAUCGAAUACAUACUGGGGAAAAUCUGCUGAAGUGUGAAUAUUGUGAGAGGACAUUUAAUCAUUCCGGUCAUUUAAGGGACCACAUGAGACGACACAAAGGAGAAAAAGUAUUUCAAUGUAAAAUCUGUCCUAAAGCGUUCACUUGUUCAACAGGUUUGACCCAGCACAGCAAAAUCCACAACAUUCUUGAGUCUGACGAUUCUCUCAAAUGUGACCGCUGUGGGAAAGUUUUCAAACAGGCAUCAAAUCUUCAUCACCAUUAUCGGUUACAUACUGGGAAAAAUCUGCUCAAAUGCAAAUACUGUGAAAGGACGUUCAACCAUUCUGGUCAUUUACAAGACCACAUGAGGCGACAUCGCGGAGAAAAGCUAUUUCAGUGUGAAAAUCUGUCAAAAAUCCUUCACAUGUUCUCCUGGUUUGACUCAGCAUUAUAAAAUACACAAGAGUGGUAAACCUGCACACUCUCAGUGUGAAGUUUGUGGUAAAACUUUUACCGAACUAGGUACUCUGAAAACUCAUUUACGUAAGCAUACAGGACUAAAAAACUUUGAAUGCAAAAUUUGUCAGAAGACUUACACAUAUUCUAGUGGCCUUUCUUAUCAUAUGAAGCUACAUGACACAGGUGGGAAAUCAUUUACAUGUGAACUUUGUGGGAAGGUGUUCAGACACGCCACAAAUCUCUCGAGCCAUCACUUAACACAUACAGAACAGCGACCAUAUUCAUGUGAUGUAUGCCAGAUGACAUUCAAACACAAGUGUAGUUUAAAAAAACAUUCUAUAAUACAUACUGGUGUGAAACCAUACAAGUGCACAGUUUGUUUGCAGACGUUUAGACGAUCUGACAGUCUGAUCAGACAUAAGAAAAUCCAUCCAGAUUAAGACAUUUGAAAUUGCACAGCUCAACUUAUUUAUUUGCAAAUAUCCUGUUCUCAGAUUUGUCAACAUACAGUUUUUAGUUUGGUGUACGUUCACCAAAAUUAAAGUCCAUUUACCUUA